UGGGUCGAGGAUAUAAUGGGCCAAUUCGAGAGAGAGAGAAAGAUAAGUAAGCCUAGUUAUGGAUCUGGUGUGGUCCACGUUGCACCGCCGCUUUCACCCGACUGCUCCCUACGUUCUCCAAUCUUCUUCGUCUUCAAUUCGCCCAAACUCAAAACCCUUCAAAAACCCUCAGAGGAUGAAACCUUACGUUAUCACCAGGCAAUGAAGCGGGUCUGGAAGAUCUCUCACUUGGCCCAAUCGCAACUACUCUGCCACCAUGGAUUCUUCUCCUCAGCGGCUAAGCGCAAAGCUCCAACUCCUUUUGCUUUCCCUGUUAACGAAUUUCCUAAUUACGGCUUCAUUCGUGACUUCAAUGCCGAUACCCACCCUCCUCCUUCCCCCGGCUUUCCGCCGGAGGUUAUUGGAUUGUUUUCAUUGAAUCAGUCGCACCAGGACUCGACGCACUGGGAGGAUCUCACCAGGAAGGUGACCCAGCUCAGGGAUGAGCUUUUGAUGAACGACGAUGACUCUGACAGUGCUAUUAGGUUACUCGAAGAGAAGGGCGAUACGCUACUUCGGAGCUGUACUGUUGGUUACCCAGUCGUUGAGCUGCUGAAGCAGUUGGAUUCGCGGCCUCGGUUAGCAUUAAAGGUCCUUGAUUGGAAAAGAAAUCUGUCCAAAUCUGGAGUUCCAAUGCUAGCAGAAGAGUACACCAAAGGUAUUAAACUUGCUGGUAAAGUAAAAAAUGUUGGUCUUGCUGCUGAAUUGUUUUCUGAGGCUAUAAACAAACGGAUCAAGACAACGACUAUCUAUAAUGCAUUGAUGAGUGCUUAUAUGUUCAAUGGUUUUGCUGACAAGUGCCAGUCACUGUUUCGGGACAUGAAGAGCGAAAAAAACUGCAGUCCUAAUAUUGUAACAUAUAACAUUCUUAUCUCAAUUUUCGGUCGGUUGAUGCUACUUGAUCACAUGGAAGCAACUUUUAGGGAAAUAAAGGAAUUAAAUAUGUCUCCUAAUGUAAAAACAUACAAUUUUUUGAUAGCUGGAUAUCUCACAGCUUGGAUGUGGGAUAGUGUGGAAAUAACAUUUGAACAGAUGAAAGAGAGUUCUAUUGAGCCUAAUACUCGAACGUACAUGCUACUGCUACGAGGGUAUGCGCAUUCUGGUAAUUUGGAAAAGAUGGAGGAGACGUAUGAAUUAAUAAAACAUUAUGUAAAGGAAAAGGAAAUCCCAUUGAUUAGAACUAUGAUAUGUGCGUACUGCAAGAGUUCUGACAAAGAAAGACUGAAAAAGAUUGAGGAAUUAUUGAAGCUUAUUCCAGAUAAGGAUUAUCGACCUUGGUUGAAUGUCCUGCUGAUUAGGGUUUAUGCCGAAGAGGAUUGGUUAGAAGCAAUGGAAAGAUCAAUAGAUGAGGCAUUUAAGUAUAACACAUCUGUACAUACAUUAAGUGUGAUGCGGUCCAUUAUUAGUAGUUACUUCCGAUGUAAUGCUGUGGACAAACUAGUAAAUUUUAUUAAGAGUGCAGAAGCUGCAGAAUGGAGAAUAUGUCGGUCCUUGUAUCACUGUAAGAUGGUUAUGUAUGCUUCAGAAAAGCGUUUGGACGAGAUGGAGAGUGUUAUUUCAGAGAUGAAGAACAAUAAUCUGUUUAUUACCAAGAAAACAUUAUGGAUUCUUUAUAAGGCUUAUUUGCUUUAUGGUCAAAGGCACAAAGCCGAACAAGUUAUAGGAUUAAUGUGCAAGCAUGGGUAUGAAAUUCCUUUGGAUGUUCUUCCAUCAUGAUGCAGUCACUGUAUUGUCACAUAUGGAAUGCUAUAGAGAUUGCAUGAAGUGUUCAGCCAAAUAUUUUUUAUACCAUAACAUCUGAUAGAUGUAAUGGGAUUCAGUAAUCAAAGAGGUAUUUAUCUAAUCUCAUGCUUUUUAACAGCUGACAAUAAAAUCUAUGUUGUUGUUGUUGUUGUUUUUGACUGACUGCUACCCAAAAUUGUUAUUAGAACCCUGAUAAUUGGCGGAGGAGUACCAUGGUUACAGACCUUGGGACUCCCAAGAGAGGGAAAAAGCAAAAAUAUCUACAUUAUAACUGAAACAGUACCCUCAUAGCCUGUUGAAUAUAGGAAAAUAACCCGUCUAAAUAGUUUUCCCCACUCUCUUCCUAUACAAUCAGCUUCUGUGUUCUUAGAUUUUCAACCCACGUGAAAGAUGUUAAUCACUUUUGCUUGUAUUGAUUCUAUUGAAAAUAUUUAUAAUAUGCCUAGUAUAGAACUGCAACUUCAAUUUCACACAGUUUCAUCAUCUAGCAGUUGCACUACUAGAUGCAAGUACAGCAUCUCUCACCUAGUGCUGUGCGUUUUCAGCCGAUGUUUUUUAAUAACAUGUACUCACAGUGGUCUUACUUUGGGAACAGAAGAGGAUAAAGACUAUUGAAGAUAGUGGGCUUCACUUAUUUGGCUGAGAGUUGUGACCUUAUGAAUAGAACUACUGUUGGUAAUGGUUUUAGAUUAUUGGAACUUGCCCUGCUUUCAACUAUAAAUGCCAAUCAUUUGAUGUGGCCUAUGUGCUAUAGUUUCUUUCCUCUACCCUCUAAAAACAAAAGAAAUUAUCUGGAGAAGUCUUUUUAGGAUUGAAAAUUGUUUUCAGUGAAGGAUGAGUUUUUCGCUGUUUGAAAUGAUAGUUAGGUUUUCAAUUAA